AUGGCAAAGUCACAUACUCAAGGCGGAAUUUCUCACCCCAGACGUUCUCCAAAACUACUUCAGGAUAGUGAUGCACCGAUUAAUAAUUCGUCUGUAACUGCUCCUAAACCUAACCAACCAACCGGUCCUAAAGCAAUCCCCGUGGUCAAUGCAGCAGCUCCCGCACUUGACGAUGAAGCCGCAGCUGCCGCAGUGGCGCCCACAGCAGCUCCGGUGGCACUUGCCGCAAUGGUUCCACCAGCUGUGGCGCCAGCGACGGCCCCUGUGACCAUUCCCGCUCCCGCUGAUCCAGCUACCGUUGCAGCGGUAGCGGCUGUGGAUGCGGCAGCGGUCGUUACCACCCCGCUAGCGGCUGGGACCGCCGCACCGGCGGUGAUAACACAUGCAACUACUCCCGCUGUAAGGACGACCAUUGUCCGAUUCUAUAUGUCAUAA